AUAGGGAGAUGGAAAAAGAUUUAAGACAGAGGUUUUGCGCUGUCAUUUACUAUUGUUCAUGAUGUAACUUGUUUUUAUCAGGCAAGUGCUUAUUUUAAAACUUAACCCUAUCAAUAUCUGGCAUCCACAUACAUGGUCUAUUGUUUUUUGUUUUUUUUCUUUCCUUGCUGUUUUGGGGGUUCAGAUCAGUGGUAGUUGUAGUUGUCUUGUCAACUGUGGGCCUGUCAAGGCCUUUGUGACAUUUGUUGUGAUUAAGGGUGAUACAGUGAUCCCUCAUUUUUCACUGUUAAUGGGGACAGAGACUUCAAAAAUCUAUUGACCUGACACUUCGUCAGUCUUUGCAUCACGCCUUAUCAGAGGGGGCCGAGCUUCAUUUAGUAAUAGCCGAAGACGGCACACGCUCAGGUCGGAUUUAAGCUUGGAUUUAGUUCCGAUUGGAUUUAACCACGAAAGCUGUACCGCAUACAAUUAGGAAGGAUUGUCUCAGGAGUAAUUUGUUCGAGGAUUCAAGCUACUGUUUAAUAUCCUAAACUUCCUGCUGCCUCUCGUCAUCUCCAUCUUCUGUGGUCACAUCGGGACCGCUGAGCUGGCCGGAUACGCUCUGGCAUCAGCGACCAUCAACGUGAGCGCGAUGGUGAUCGUGCAGGGCCUAACCAUGGCUUGCGACACGCUUGUCUCUCAGACGUACGGUAGCAAGAACCUGAAGCGAGUGGGCAUCAUCCUGCAGAGGAGUUCGCUCAUCCUGCUGCUCUUCUGCUUGCCCUGCUGGGCCCUGCUCAUCAACGCCCAGCAACUGCUGCUCCUUAUGCGCCAGGACCAGCAGGUGGCCAGGAUAGCCCAAAUCUACACGACCGCCUUCAUUCCAGCCGUUCCGGCUAUGUUCCUGCAUCAGCUACAAGUGGCCUACCUACAAAAUCAGGGUAUCAUCCUUCCUCAGAUGUACACAGCCGCCUUGGCCAACCUUUUCAAUUUGGGCGCCAACUACGUGUUGAUCAUCAGCCUCCAGCUGGGCGUUGUCGGUUCUGCAAUGGCCAACAGCCUGGCUCAGGUUUUUGUAUGCCUGCUGCUCUACGCCUACAUCCGAUGGAAGAAGCUUCACGGGCCCACGUGGGCAGGCUGGUCCAGCGAUUGCCUGCAGGACUGGGGCUCAUUCAUCAAGCUGGCGGUGCCCAGCACCUUCAUGGUGUGCUUUGAGUGGUGGAUCUGGGAGAUCGGAGGCUUCCUCGCCGGCAUUCUGGGUGAGGUGGAUCUUGCUGCCCAACAUGUGAUGGUGGAGAUAUCGGCCAUUACGUAUAUGUUUCCGCUUGGCAUCCACACAGCUGCCUGUGUUCGCGUGGGCAACGCGCUGGGAGCUGGAGAUACUGCCCGAGCCAUACUCUCAUGCAAAGUGGCCCUGGUCCUAGCAGCACUGCUGGCUGUGCUCCUGGGAAGCGUCAUCGUCGGCUCAAAGUCUGUCCUGGGUUUUGUCUUCACGUCAGACAAAAACAUAGUAGACAUGGUCUCCAAGAACCUCACCAUCUACACCUUUUUACAGUUUUUUGACUCAAUGCUGUGUGUCUGCUCUGGAAUUUUGGUUGGCUGCGGAAUGCAGAAGGUCGCCGCCAUGUCCAACUUGGUGGGCUACUACUGCAUCGGUCUGCCAAUAGGUGUCGCUCUCAUGUUCGCUGCCCACCUCCAAAUAUUCGGCUUGUGGCUGGGUCUUCUGACUUGCGUAACCCUCGAGGCAUGUUUCUUCCUCGUUCUCGUCUUCAAGCUCAAUUGGAAAAAAGUCACCAAGGAGGCUGAAGAGAGAGCUGGGAAAAGGGUUAUGGAAACAUCCAAGAACCACUCAAUGGAUGGCCAGGAAACUUCCAGAAGUCAGGAUCGGGAGUCUGAAGACAUAUCGGAGAAGCGGCUCUCUACCACGCAGCUGGUCUUAAGGAGAGGCUUUGCCCUCUCAGCGGCGGUUGUCACAUUAGCGAUGGGUGUCGCUGUCCACUUUGUAUUUCCCGUACCGGAAAUCCCCAUGUCUGGCUCGGUGAAUUUGACCGAAAUCUGGACAAACGUCUCUACGGUAACACCCAUGGCUUUGUCUCAACUAGUCCCCGCAGACCUCAAAAUAUAAUUUUUUUUUUUUUUAAAACAACAUUUUUGCUCACUCAGCCUUACACUCUAGUUUAAACAGUACUCUUUAAUGUGUAAAUCAUUAUUUUUUUCAUAUUCCAUACUAAGCUAUACAGCAUUUUACUCGUCUGUUGACACUGGCUAGGUAGAAUUCACAAAGCACAGUAAUCUCCUCUCCAUAGGCUAAACAAGUACAGCCGGAUGGAUUCAUUUAAUUGCGGAAUCAAUACUUUCUGUUACUCAUAAAAGUUCAGCAUGUCUGAUGGUUGCUUGGUGGCUUGUUGCUAGGUAGAUUUCACAUGCCAAAGGACACGCACUAUUUUUGUAUAAAAUAAAAGCUAUUAAUAGAACUCUCCGGUAAUGGCAUGUCAUGUUUUCUUGGCCACUUGUUGCUAGGCAGAUUUCAUGAAAUUUGCUCCCCAGACGCAUAAGGAGACCUGCCAUUUUGUAAAAAAUAUGAAAUGUUAAGAGGAAUCCUCUGGUCAUGUCAUGUUUUCUUUGUCCCGUGUUGAUGUGUAGACUUAAUGGAGCACAAAAAAUUGUGCCCUAGAUGUUAAAGGAGACCUGCUAUUUUCUAUAAAAUAUGAAGUAUAAACAGAAUCCUCUGGUCUUGUGAUGUAUGUAUGGUCAGUAGUUAGCAGGUAGACUUAAAGUGCCUAGGAUAGGAUAAAAAAAAGUCUUAAAUAGCGUUAUUAUGUGAAUUAGAAUAAUAUUUUUACACGAUUGGACUAUAUGCAACACUUUGGCAAAGCAAACAUGACGAGAAAUUAGUCCUUUAAUCUGCAGUUUAGCCACGGCUACCAUUAUAGGGCUCUAGCGUCCACAACAGGAGGAUGACAUCGGCAGGGUCAUGGUUUCAUCUGAUUUAGAAUUCAGCCCAUUGAUGGGGAAUUAUUCAGAACGAGGAAAAUGCGACGAAGAGAGCGCAAAAUCUAAUUGU